UAGACUAGUGAUGAGCACAACAAAGGGAGAAAACAAAAACCCUAAACCCUAGCUUCGUCGUCUUAUCGAUUCAUUCUUAUACAUGGCAUCGCUGCAAAUUCAGGGUCGGAUUUCUAAGCUUAUUUCGAAGCCCCUUCCCCGUUGGGUGGAAUUACGCCGCUGUUUGAGUUCUAGCUCCCUCGAAGACGACGGCGGCAUCAGAGGACGAUCCGUGAGACCGGGAGGUGGAGAUGGAGGUGGAAGUGAAAGUGGCGAAAAACUCACAGAUUUUCCUCCGGAGCCCAUUCCGAAUCGGCCUUUGAGAGGCCAAGGAAACUCAAAGUUCGACAUUCAUUUUCGCAACAGAAGACCAUCUGCCGAUAGUGACCAAGACAGCUUUGAAUUCCUUGAGAAAUUCAAGCUUGGUGCUGGUGGUGGAUUCGACAAGGGGGAAAAGUUCCCCAACCGGCUCCAACAACAACAACAACAACAAGAGGAAGGAAAGGCGGAUACACCAACGCCGCCUCCGCCCCAAGAUGCGGAUGAGAUCUUCAAGAAACUCAAGGAGACGGGUCUCAUCCCCAAUUCCGUGGCCAUGCUCGAUGGCCUUUGCAAAGAUGGCCUGGUUCAAGAAGCCAUGAAGCUCUUCGGUUUAAUGCGCGAGAAGGGUACCAUUCCCGAAGUUGUUGUUUACACUGCUGUUGUCGAUGGCUUCUGCAAGGCCCACAAAUUUGAGGAUGCCAAAAGGAUUUUCAGGAAAAUGCAAAACAAUGGCAUUUCUCCUAAUGCUUUCUCUUACUCUGUCUUGAUACAGGGUCUGUAUCAGUGCGACGAGUUGGACGACGCUGCUGCCUUUUGCAUCGAGAUGUUGGAAGCUGGUCAUUCUCCAAAUGUCACCACCUUUCUGGGCUUGGUCACCAGGUUGUGUUUGAAUAAGGGUGUUGAAGAAGCUCGGACCGUAAUUGCAACCCUAACGCAAAAGGGAUUUUUCGUCAACAAGAAAGCUAUUAAAGAAUAUAUGGAGAAAAAGCCAACACAUCCAUCUGUUUGGGAAGCUAUCUUCGGGAACGAAAGCCGAGAGGCACCAUUUCGUUUUUGAGGUUUCUGAUAAAUAUUGACAUGGACAUCUUAAAUUGCCAUCGCCGAACGCUUUGGUCAUCGAGUCUGCUUCUUAUGCGCACCAAGGGGUCAGGAAUUGUUUCAUUCAAGCUAGCCAAGUGAAGAAAACGAUAUGAACGUACAGAUAGUUAAAUGCUGAUCAAACUUCACCAAAGAUAAUUCUCAAUGCCUUAGAAGAUAUCUGUGAUUCGGUCUGCCUUAAUUUUUUUUUUUUGGCUGCCAAGUUGAUGGUAGUCGGAUCCAGACAAGAAGGAACUGCCUCAUUACAUUUGCUUUAUCUAUAUUGUAAUUGAUGCCUGAUGAGUUUAUGUUGUAUUGAGCAUGUGGUGCUCCAGCGUGUGUCUAAUGCAUAUCUUUGCUGUUGGCAAAUGCCAAAA